AUGGAUUAAAAUAAUAAUAAAUCUAAUUUAAAUGAAUAAAUAAUAAGUAGUGAUGAAAAAACGCCUAUUUUAAUAUAAAAAAAUACAAUAAACCUUUAAUAUAUAGAAAGACCAUUAAUAUAAUUUAUAUUUUUAAUCUAAAUAGCCUUUUUAAGUUUUGGCGCUAUAUAUAAUAGUAUAUUUUAAUCCAAUGUAAAAUAAUAAAUAAUGUAAUAAAUGAAAUUAACUUAAUCAUAAUAUUCAGAUUUUGUAUUUAUACCUACAAUUCCUGUUAUCUUUUUAACUAUUCUAGCCGGGCCUUUAUUAGAUAUAUUCGGAAAUAGAAAAGGCAUCUUUUUUUUUACUAUAUUAAUGGCACUAGGGAUGUCUUUAUGUUUAAUUUCUGUAAAUAUGAACCUUUAUAUAUUAUUAAUAUUAGGAAAAACAAUACAUAAUAUAGGAGCAGAAUUAAUUGGAAUAUCAUAGAGUUUUUUUUAUGCAAAAUGGUUUCGAUGUAAUUAAUUAGCAAAAGCAUAUACUUUUGGUGUAUUAAUAAAUAAGAUUUCAAGCUCUAUAUCAGGAAUAAUAUACCCUUAUUUAUAUUAUGUUUCCGAUAAUUUAAAUAGUGGAAUUAUUGUAGGUUUAAUUACUUGUCUUUUAUCAUUUUUUUGUGCAAAUAUAGCUAUAUAUAUGGAUAUAAAAGCUGAUAAAAUCAAAAAUAUUAAUUAAGAUACUACUUUUUCAAUAUUAAAUGAUAUAUAAAUAUAAAAGAAAAGGUUUUCAUUUAAAAAAAUAAAAUAAUUUUCUUUGUUAUUUUGGCUAUAUGUAUUAUAAAACGUUAUAAUGUUCGGUUCUUUUUACGGCUUUUUAAAUUAUUUAUAAGACAUUUUAACAACAAAGUUCGGAUUGGAUAAAACCAUAGCAGGACAACUAGUUUCUGUUCCUUUUUGGAUGGCUUUUUCAUCACCUUUAUUCGGAACUUUGGUAGAUAUAAAGGGAAGAAGAAUUAUUGGAUUAUUACUAUCCUCUUUAUUAGCUUUUGGUAGUAUUCUCUAUCUAUAUAUACUUCCUAAUAUGAAAGGCUUACCCUAUAUAAUUGUUGGCUUAGUGUUUUUUGGUCUUUUUGUUAGUCUUGUGACGGUUUUUAUAUAUCCAACAAUACCUUUUUUAUGUGAUAUGGAAAAUAUAAAUAUUGCUUAUGGAAUUAUGUUAUGUUUCAAAAAUUUAGGUUAGUUGAAAAUAUAUAUAUAUAUAUAUAUAUAUAUAUAUAUAUAUAUAUAUAUAUAUAUAUAUAUAUAUUUUAAUUUUAUUUAGGAUUGUUUCUUUUAAAUUUUGUUAGUGGUAAAAUUAUAAAAGAUGAUGAUUCAGGAUAUUAAUAAUACCUUAUGUGUUAUUUUAUUAUUUUUCUAGUUUCUGUAUGUAUUUCUGUAGUUAUUUUUAUUAUUGAUUUUUUCAAACAAGAUGGAUAUCUUAAUUCUAGAUAACCUUAAAAAUAUUCAGAUAAGAUAAAAGAUUGUAAUUGAUAUACAUAUUUCUAUUAUAGAUAUAAAUAUAUUAAUAUUAAAAAAUAAAAUAAUGAAAAAAAAAUUAAUUAAAUAAUUAUAUAUAUAUAUUUAUAUAUAUAUAUUUAUAAACAUAUAAAUAUAUAAUUAUAUAUAUUUAAUUAAAAAUAUAGUUAUUUAUAUUUAUAUUUAUUAUAUUUAUAUUUAUAUUUUAUUUUUAUUUACUUUUAUUUAAUAUUUUAUUUUUUAUAUUAUUUAUUUUCUUUAUUUUUAUAAAUUAAUAUUUCUAAAAUAUAUAAAAAUAUUAUUUAUAUAAUAUAAAAACAAUAUUAAGAAUAAAAUAAAAUGA